AUGUCCGAGGUGAACGUGAAAACAGCAGGUAAGGCAGGUGAAACAUGCGUAACCGCGGCGGCACACCAGAAGAAGUCGACCUCGAAGUUAGAAGCUCUGAAGUCACAGAAGCCCAAGAAAGUCAACACGAAGGCGAAGGAGAAGAAGCCGUGCAAACCGGUGAAGCACUCCGUGGACAAGAAAAAGGCGAAGAAGGCGGACAAGGUGACAACGAGCUUUAGGCAGCGGAGUAAGGAAAUGGAGCGGGAAGUUGGUACGACGAGGACCAAUAUAAUACCGGAGGUCUCUUCGAAAUCAGGAAAGACUAAACCGGUAGCUGGGCCAAAGGACGCCAAAUCAAUUAUGUCGACGUCAUCAAGAAGGUCAGAGCGGAUGGUGCUGGAAGUGCAACUGAAGAAGCUUGAAGCAGAGCAAACCCUUAUGGAAGAAGAGAUGAAGCGGAAGCGGGAGUUGUUGGAGAGGAAAUUCAGUUUGCUUGAGGAAAUUGCCGAAGUUGCAUCAAACCGAAGUGAACGUUCCUGCGUAGCUGACGACCAGCAAGAUCCAGCGGAAAAGGUGUCAUCGUGGUUACAGGACCAAGAAACGGAUGAAAGUUCACGGUCAGGCGAUUCAAGAUCAACAGCCGAUACAAGUGAGGAUUCGAGCAGUGAUGACGAGACCAGCGAGGAAGAAUCAUCCACUGGACUACCGGAAGAGGACAGCGAAGGGAGUGAAGUACCUUUCAAGCCCUGCAAGCAAUCGACGCCAAAAGGUUCCUGUCGUCCAAAAGCAACAUUUUUUAUGGUAAAACUUCAGCACACGUGGUCCAGAGAAAAACAUAUCCAGCACCUGUGGCGCUUUCACCGGAACAAAUAG